UAAUAUUUAAUGUUAAAAUUUUAACAUUACUAUUUUCAGACUGAAGUUGUAAUUUAAUACUUAUAAUUUUCACCUGAAAUUGAAUGCAGGUAACUGAAACUGCAAAUAGCAAAACAGCUGAUAAGGGAAGGCUACUAUACUUGAGUUUUAUGAGAUGACUUAGGGUGAGCAGACAGGGUGGAGUCUCUAGAUAGCCUCAGAGUGGAGUUGGUCACCAGACAAAUCAAGUGAUUAUAGGAUUUGAACUUUAAGCCCCAGCUCUGGCCUCCAGGGAGGGAAGCAGAGGUUUGGAGAUUAGAUUAUAUAAAAUCUUGAACAAUGAGUUCAGGAAGCUUCAAGGUUGUGAACACUUGGAAAUGCUGGGAGAGUGACAUAAGAGAGCAUGGAAGUAUCCCGCCUUACCCCCUCUCCCAGUACCUUGCCAUAUGCAUCUCUUCCAUUUGGCUGUUCCAGAGUUACAUCCAUUAUCAUAAACUGAUAAACAUAAGUAUUUUCCUGAGUUCUGUAAGUGGUUCUAGCAAAUUAUUGAAAAAGGUCAUGGCAGCCCCCAAAUUUAUAGCCAAGUGGAGAAAAUUACGGUGGUUUGGACAUUGGCUUGCAGUUGGCAUAUGAAAUGUGGACAGUUGUGUGUGACUGAGCCUUUAAACCUUUUGGUUUAGAUGCAACUCCAGGUAUUAUUAGGAUAGGAUUGAAUUGUAGGACACCUGGUUGGUAUCAGAAUCAGAGAAUGAUGUUGGAAAAGACACUGCAUAUUUAUUGUCAAAGAAUCACAGAAGCCUCUGAUAAUUUGAUAACAUAUCCCAUUCACAUAAAGACUGUGGUCUUUCUUGUUGAAUAUUCUGUGUGAGCUUGGGAACAGUGUGUAUUCUGUUCUUUUUGGAAAAAAUAAAGAUGUUGAUUAUGUCCAGUUGAUUGAUGAUGUUGAAUUCAGCUAUGUUUAUUCGUUUGGACAUUGCUGAAUAUUCUGUGUGAUCUUGGUAACAGUGUAUAUUCUGUUCUUGUUGGAAAAAAUAAUCUAAAGAUGUUGAUUUUGUGCACUUGAUUGAUGGUAUUGUUGAAUUCAGCUAUGUUUAUUGGUCUGGACAUGGAUGGUGUUGUUGAAUUCAGCUAUAUUUAUUGGUCUGGAUGUUGGCUUGCAAUGAGCAUAUGAAGUGAGGACAGUUGUGUAUGACUGAGCCUUUAAAAUCUGUUGGUUUAGAAGCAACUCCAGGUAGUUAGUAUUAGAAUAGGAUUGAAUUGUAGGACACCUAGUUGGUAUCAGAGUCAGAGAAUAAUGUUGGAAAACACACUACAUAUUUAUUGUCAAAGAAUCACAGAAGCCUCUAAUAAUUUGAUAACAUAUCACAUUCAUAUAAAGACUUAAAUGGCAAGAAACACCAAAAUUUUCAAAACUGUUUACAGAAGUCUUAAUGCUGUGGUCAGUACUAGCCCGGUAUUAGCAUUGGACAAGUACAAAUGAGUUUGAUGCCUACAAUAGCACUGCAAGGUAGCCACCAUUAAGUGUUCCCAUUUUACAGAUGGAGGCAACUUCAGAGAGGUCAGAUCUUUGUCCAGUGUCACACAGUUGGCAAAAGCAACCUACCCUUUGUAAAUGCCACCUUGAACACCUUUAUGUCAUAGCCUCCCUCUUCCUGCAAAUUCCUGUGGCAGCAGAAGAGUUUGUGAAACCAUCACAGGGCCAUGUGACCUUUGAGGAUAUUGCUGUGUACUUCUCCCAGGAGGAGUGGGGCCUCCUUGAUGAAGCUCAGAGGUGCCUGUAUCAUGACGUGAUGCUGGAGAACUUUUCGCUUAUGACCUCAGUGGGUUGUUUGCAUGGAAUAGGGGCUGAGGAGGCCCCUUCUGAGCAGACUGUUUCUCUAGAAGUGUCACAGGCCAGGACUCCAAAGCCAAGUUCUUCCAUCCCAAAUGCUCAUUCCUGUGAGAUGUGUAUCCUGGUCAUGAAAGACAUUUUGUACCUCACGGACCACCAGGAAACACUUCCCUGGCAGAAACCUUACACUUCUGCAGCCAGUGGGAAAUGGUUUUCAUUUGGUUCUAACCUGCAACAGCACCAAAACCAGCACAGUGGAGAGAAACACAUCAGAAAGGAGGAGAGCAGUGCCUUGCUUCUGAAUAGCUGCAGAAUUCCUCUGCCAGACAAUGUUUUUCCGUGCAAAGAUGUUGAGAAGGAUUUCCCAACCAUCCUGGGCCUUCUCCAGCACCAGACCACCCACAGCAGAGAAGAGUAUGCACAUAGAAGCAGGGAGACCUUUCAACAAAGACAUUACAAAUGGAGCAAAUGUGAGCAAGUUUUCAGUGAGAAGGUUCAUGUUACUGAUCAUCAGAGAGUCCACACUGGAGAAAAAGCUUAUAAACACAGGGAAUAUGGGAAAUCCUUGAACUCUAAACACUCAUUUGUUGAACACCAGAGAACCCAUAAUGCAGAAAAGCCUUAUGUAUGCAAUAUAUGUGGGAAAUCAUUCCUCCAUAAACAAACACUCAUUGGGCACCAGCAGAGAAUUCACACUAGAGAAAGGUCUCAUGUAUGCAUCGAAUGUGGGAAAUCCUUGAGCUCCAAAUACUCACUUAUGGAACACCAGAGAACCCAUAAUGGAGAAAAGCCUUAUGUGUGCAGUGUAUGUGGGAAAUCAUUCCGCCACAAACAAACGUUUGUUGGGCACCAGCAGAGGAUCCACACUGGAGAGAGGCCUUAUGUAUGUAUUGAAUGUGGGAAAUCUUUUAUUCAUUCCUAUGACCGCAUUCGACACCAGAGAGUUCACACUGGAGAAAGGGCUUAUCAAUGCAAUGAAUGUGGGAAAUCUUUCAUAUACAAACAGUCACUUCUUGAUCACCAGAGAAUCCACACAGGAGAAAGGCCUUAUGAGUGCAAAGAAUGUGGGAAAGCCUUCAUCCACAAAAAAAGACUUCUUGAGCACCAGAGAAUUCAUACUGGAGAAAAGCCUUAUGUGUGCAUCAUAUGCGGGAAAUCAUUUAUCCGCUCAUCUGACUACAUGCGACACCAGAGAAUUCACACUGGAGAAAGGGCUUAUGAAUGCAGUGAAUGUGGGAAAGCCUUCAUUUCCAAACAAACACUUCUUAAGCACCACAAAAUCCACACUAGAGAAAGGCCUUAUGAAUGUAGUGAAUGUGGAAAAGGCUUCUACCUUGAGGUUAAACUUCUUCAGCACCAAAGAAUCCAUAUUAGAGAACAACUUUAUGAAUGCAAUGAAUGUGGAAAAGUCUUCAGCCAUCAAAAAAGACUUCUUGAGCACCAGAAAGUUCACACUGGAGAAAAGCCCUGUGAGUGCAGUGAAUGUGGGAAAUGCUUUAGACACCACACCAGCCUCAUUCAACACCAGAAAGUUCAUAGUGGAGAGAGGCCUUAUAACUGCACUGCAUGUGAGAAGGCCUUUAUCUAUAAAAACAAACUUGUUGAGCAUCAGCGAAUUCACACUGGAGAAAAGCCAUAUGAGUGUGGUAAAUGUAGGAAAGCCUUCAACAAAAGAUAUUCCCUUGUCAGGCACCAAAAAGUUCAUACAAGAGAAGAGCCCUAGCAGUGUUGGGAUGUGCCAUUAUCUUACUCACCAUAACACACCAGAGAGCCGAUUUUUCAAGGGAUCCAACAGAUAGAAAUUGAACCUCGUAUAUCUGCAUAUCAAUACUUGAAAGAUUCACUACAAGGUCCAAGUACUUGGGAAGCUUUCUGGAGAUUACUUGUACUUUCUAAUCUGCCCAGUGUUACAACAGACAUUAUUACCAUGUGGCAUAUCCUCAUAGUUUUCAUCAGUCACCCACAUGUGCCCAGGGAAUGCAGACAUUUUUGCUCAUCCAGUUCUGAAGGGAAUAAUGAAUAAUAAAAGCUUAUUGAGGGUCCUCUUCCAUCUUGCUGAACUGAUCAAGGCAUAGAUGAAACCCAGCUUUGACCAAGAAGAGUGAUCUGGGUUCUUGUAGCCCAUGGAGGUUUACCUUCUUCAUAGGUAUUUUUUUUUUUUAAUGUGAUGGCCAUGGUAGGUAGGAUAUUCCCUCCUGCACAUUACUGAAGAGGGAAAUGGACUGUCUUACCCUGCGCUGAUGCCAGUGUUCUGGCAGUGUGAAGGGUGAACAGCUCCAAUUUUCUAUGCCCCCAAGGACAUAGUAUGAGAUCAGAAAAUAGUUCUUAGUCCUGUUUGUCUUAAUUUUUAUUAGUUUCAAAGGUCUCCUAGGGAAGACAUCAGAGCUUCAUGGUCCUAAUCAUGGUGUUGAUGCCAAUUUUAUUUUUAGGUCCAGAGAAGAGGCAUUUGUGACAAACUCAAGUGCUGGGAUCUGCAUGAAUUGUUUAUUUGCAGUGAUGCUCCAUAUUUCCUAGCAUUGGUCAUGACAUCUUAUUUCCCAGGUCCUUCAUUGUAGCCAUGAGCACUGAGGGACAGAAGUGAUAGGCAGGUCACUGGUCUUAAGACCUACUGGGGCCAGGUGAGAACAAUAAUUGGUCCAGACAGGUAGGUGUGAUAAAUAGAGUGGAAAAGAUUGUAGCCAAGAAGAGUAAAUGUGUUCCAUCCAAAAGUGCAUCCAGAAAUAUCUAUGUUAAUAUGGCUUCAUGGUUUGGUGGUAUAUAGAGAUUCUCAGGACCUCAGAUCUUUGUUUCUCCUUUGGUCACAGUCAUCGUCAGAAUAAGUCAUCUGAAGAUUUUGUGGACUCCCAUACCUUCUGUACUGUUUUUGAGAUGAUUGCUGCACAAGCAGGAAAGCAGGAUUUGAAUGAACAUAGACCUUGCCUUCCAGAUAUGUGGUUUUUGUGAUUCAACCAAAUAUGUUGUGCCAGUUAGGAAUUAUUUUGAUUACUUCCCAUUUGUUGCCGCUGCUGAGAAGGCUGUCCUUCCUAACUUGAGGAGAUGAAUCCUUAAUAAUAAGUAAAUCUUGUGUUACCCUAUAGUCUGGUUUUCCAAAAGGAGAAGUGGAUGUAUAUUUUUGUGUGGAACAAUUUAUCUUACAACAUUGAAGUGCAGUUUUCAUACACAAAACCUAUCUUUUUAAGAAUUCUGUUUGUUAAAAAAAAAAAAACUAGUAAACAGAC